AUUCAUUCAGAGCAUAUGAAAUUUAACAUGUGAACAAUCAUUCUUCCAAACUUUCAAACAAAACAAUGAACAAAGAACAUUGACAUGCUAUUGACAGACUUUGCAUCCUGCAUUUUUGCAUUAGAUUUUUCUUGGUUUGGUGAAAAACUGUUCUAGUGCUCUCCGGAAAUUGAAUGCAUCUGGGCUUGGCCCAUUGAUGGAGACCCUCGGGAAGGCAGCACUGUCACGGUCAGCAGGUCUGCUUCAAGGAGACACUUCACAAACUUUAUUUUGUAAGGGCAAACUAGAUGUUGAUUUUGUGAACAGUGACAUGCUCGAUAAACACUUAGGACCAAAAACUCACUCUCAUUUAUAUUGAUUAUUAAAUAACGUAACCUAAUAAAUCUCUCGGUUGGUCUCUAGUCCGGUACAGCCACCGGUCUCUGUCGGUGUGUAGGCUACAUCAUCUCGAAGUAGAACAACUGUAACAACUGUAAAAGACCUGUAUUAACAUAGCGAAAAUUAGCAUCACGGCGAGCGGACAGUUAGCCUUAGUUUAUGUUAGAAGUUGACUGGCGCAGUGAGAUCGGGCAGCAACACAUACUGCUCCGUUAACUUAAUACUCUCUAUACCGGGCGCCCCAAAAACAUAAACACUCAGUUGUCUAAGCUUACCGUACUUCAAGCCAUCUUCAAAUGCCGUGCUCAGAUACGGUGUCUCGCUGGAUCGCGCCAGAUGCAGCCGCUCGCUCGCUCACUGGGGCGCGACAGAGAGACCGAGUACAACGGGGAGACUGACAGAGAUGAAAGAUGGUGAAACACUGUUUACAUUUAAUUAAAUUAUAUAUUGGUCAAAUGAGACUGUGGCGGGCCGCCAUAGUCUCGUUUGGGCCCGACACAGUCUCAGUAAUUAAAGGGAAACGCUGACUUGUAAUGGAGUAUAUUGAUUACACUGCGGUGUUGACACAUUUUAAUGAUCUAAAUACUUCCACCACCAAUAGUAUUUUUAAUGAGUUCACAUUCCCCCAAAAAAUAAUAAUUAAAAAAGGAAACACAACAUUUAUUAUUCCUAGCAUUAACCCCCCUCCCGCCAUUAUAAACUAAACUAAAAAAAUGAAGGAAAUAUCACCAUGAGCAAGAACUGUGUAGUAACGUUGCCGCUGCAGCAGAUGGCGCUACAAGACAAAGAGGCGGCAGCAGAGGGUAUAUGCAGGAACCACAACAGAGAGUGAUCACAUGAACGCACCUUAUCGUGCUGGCUAAGUGGAUGUGCACCUGCAGUCUCUCCUUGCAGUCCUCCUUCUGCUCCUCCUCUUCCUCCUGUCCUCCUUCCUGUCGGUCGGACAGCGUUAGUGCGCAAAGCGACCGGCAUGCAGCUGGAGAUAAAUCCCCCCCGCUCAGCCGGCCGAGGGCUCAGCCGGAGAGCAUGGCAGCAACUACACUGAUGCUCAAGCAGCGAGGAUAUAGCAGCAGAGACCGGGUGGGUGUCGGAGCUGCAGCCUGGGCGUGGGAGAGAGGUAGAGCCACGAUGAAAGCGGUGUAAUUCCUCAGAUAUAGGAAUGGGGGGCGGGGGAACCUGAGUAUCCUCUGGAUCAGAUUUUGUAUUUGUGGGUUUUAUUUGGUGUCUUGAUCUGUGAAAUUUAUCAAACACUGUACUUCGUGCCUACCAACCUCCACCGGAGCUGAGAAGGAUGGAGAAAGGCGCACAACAGCAGCCGCAGCUGUCCAAACACGCAGAGAGUACGGCGAAGGACAUCUCCAAAAUCCACGACGAGGAGCUGCUCCAGUGGGACAAAGAGGAGCUGGUGCGGCGGCUCAGGAGGACAGAGGCGGAGAAGAGGGGCGUCAUCGUAGAGCACGGCAAUCUGAUGCGGGAGGUGAACCGGAGACUCCAGCAGCAUCUGAACGAGAUACGGAGUUUGAAGGAUAUAAACCAGAAACUGCAAGAGGACAACCAGGAGCUGCGGGACCUGUGUUGCUUCCUAGAUGAUGACAGGCAGAAGGAGAAGCGGGUGUUGCGGGAGUGGCAGCGUCUGGGCCGCUACAGCGCUGGCUUGAUGAGGAAGGAGGUGGCUAUUUACCUGCAGAAGCUGAGUGAGCUGGAGCAGCAGCAGAUGGAGGUCAUCAGGGAGAACCUGGAGCUCAAGGACGUGUGCCUCAUGUUGGAGGAGGAGAGGGCUGUGGCUGGGGUGGGGGGCAGUAGUACAGGUGGGCAGGUUGGCUCCAGCUACAGGAGUUCCAUAGACAGUCAGAGCAGCUUGUCUCAGCUGGGUGGAGGCGUCCCAGUACCUGGCCUUUUGCGAGAUGUUGGUGAUGGGAGCAGCACCUCUAGCGCAGGAAGCACAAAUAGCUCUGAUAACCCCCACCACAAACCCCCUCCCCUGGGCUCUAGCACAGACCCUGGAUCUGGAUCGAGCUGUGUUUCCUUGGAGCAACCACUGAAACCAGGAGAUGUGUGUGAAUCAACAGGCAGAGGGCACAGCUCCACCUCAGAGUACCACACCUUCCCCCAGUCCUGCAGGCCCCGUGAAGGGUCCCUCACUAACCUUGACCCUCAUAGGCUUCGGGGACAUAGCCCAGAGAAACACAGCAAGUCUCCCACCAGGCUACCAUACAACUCCCACCUCAAACCCUGCAGCUCUGACCUACUAGCCCAGAAACAGCUAUUACUGUCAGGACAGGCACCAGGCUCAAGCAAGGGGACAGCCAAUUCCACCCCAGAGCUGAGUCAGAGACACCGGCAGGUUAAGACAGUGGGGUUGAGCCGCGGGAAUCCCGGGGCAGCAUUUGGGACACCUGAGCACCUGCAAAAAGUGCGGGUGAUUUUGGGGAGUCCAGAGUCUAUACGGCACCACUAUCACUGUCAGCACAGCAAGGGGAGGUGUAACAGUGGUUCCCCCAGCAGGGAUGGGCAUCAGAGGCCAGCAGAGGAGGAGGUAGCUCCCCACCACCAGAUUCUGUACAACGCUCUGAUAUCUGCUGGCUGCUGCACCAAUUCCUGUAGGAAUGUAAAACUUUGGGACAGCUUUGAUACCUCCUGACCAUGACAUGCCUCAUGAUCAGAUGCUGCUGUGGCCACCCCCAAGAGAGAAAAAGGGAGUGAUCAGACAGUUAUUGGAUGGAGGAACAGUUGGAUCCAUGAAUAAUUGGAUGGAUGACAUAUGACAUGACAUUCAAAAUUAGGUAGUAGAAGCCACACAAGGUAACAGAAUACACUGGAAACACUUGAACGCUGUCUCUGCCCUGUCUGCUUCUGCUGCUGCUAAUGCUAUGCAUUUCCUGUGGACCACCAGAAAAGACUGAAUGUCACUGUUAAUUUUGCAAUGCCCCUGCAUUGCAUAAUUAACAGAGGAAAAUAAGUAAGUAAGUAAGUAAUCUGUCUGUAAAUAAGACAGCUUUCUGGGUUGCCAACAAAAUAGUCCUACCUCUUUGGAAAAACUGAAACCUUUUGGAUGAAAGAUUCUGUAUAUGAAAAGUAACUUCCUCUGCAAACACUGGAGGUGUUUGCCUCCUCUCAACACAAUCACAGUGCCAGUGAUUAUUUCAAAACUGAGGACAGAACAUGUAAUGAUAGUGAUUACAUUUACAAAGUCAUUGUGGAGCUUGAAUUAAAGCACAAAAAGAUUUACUGAGUAAUUUUAACCUCAAGAAAGAUAUUAUUUUAAUUAAAAAACUGUAUUUAAAAUAAAUUCAAUUUAUUAAUAGACGACUUUAGUUAUUGUUUCUAUCCUUUAUAGGAAUAUUGUAUUCACCAGUUGCUGCAGAAAUUUGGGAACACUGCACAAUCACUAGUUUUGGCCAUGUUGGGCCACCAGGCCAACAGGGCAAGAAACACAGGAGAUCAGACCAUCAGACAGUUUGUAAUCAAGCCAGUUGAGCUAGAUUUCUUAAACCAUGUUAUUUGGAGGUAAGAUUGGACUUAAGUACAACUCAAAUUAUGAUCUUAAUUUCUCCACCUGUGAAAACUGUGUUAACUACCACAAAAGGGGACAAAGACUAAAACUACACAUCUUACAGACAAAAUAAUUAAUCAAGAUUAUUGAUAAUGGAAAAUAAUUAUGCAGUCCUGCUUUCAUCAAAUAAACGUCAGUCUUACUAUAGUUUAUUGAUCACUCCCACAGUCAUAUCAGAGCUGUGGGACUUAAUUUAUUCUUUACAUAUUCUUACUGUAGCCUACACAACAAAUCAUAUUCAGCACUACCAUAAUCACAGAUUAUGGAUAAGAACAAAGAGGCUACAAUGAGCUAGGUAGAUGAUGAGAUGCACUACAUGUAUCUUUUGUGAACCAGCAAACCACCAACAGGUAGACAACACCGUUCACUUUGUCAUUGCAUCCUAUAGAAAAUAAUUCAUGCUGUGCCAAUAUAGCUCGAGUGGUGGCAGUUCCUCAUAGCUUAGUUUGAAGUCCUCACACCGCCAUUGAGAGACAGAGGUAGAACAGGCAUGUAAGCAUCCUUGGUUUGAGUUGGAUUAGGACAUUUUUUUACAUGCCUCAAGGCCUAAAAUGAAAACUCAUUAAUCUUACAGUAUUUUCACAUGGCUGCACAGACUGAGUUCAGAGCUUUAAAUGUCAUACAGUAAGCCUAGAAUGAUGAUAUGAUGGGCUUCAACGUUUAAUGCCAAAAUAUUAUUCAGUAACAAAUGUUUUUUAUCUAAGCUGUGAUUGUUGAGCUAAGAAAAUUCCCUGGAAGCAAUCGAGAGUUGAUGGAAUAAAUUGUGAUUUAUUUAAAUGUGAGUUAUUAAAUGAAUUUAACAGAUUAUACACUUUCUAAAAUAAAAAUAGCAAUCAUUAAGUCCUACCUUGUUGUGCACAUUCUUAGUUUUCUAUGUAGCAGAGACAUCUUUUGAAUUCAUUAAAGCUCUGUUUAGGGGUAGGGUGAGUGGACUUUUGAAUAUAUUCUCCAACAUACACCCUACUUCCAAAAUUCUGUGUUAUGUGCUUAUUUGCAGUCUGCUCUAACAAAGGAAGACAGAAAUCACUGAAAGGUCUAUGUCCAAUUAUUUAGUUCAGGCUGUCAAACGUUAUGUUUGAAAGCAGAAUAUUUGCAGGGUUUUCACCACCAGAUGAAAUGAUCAGGAUGUGUGUCCUAAUAAAACUGGAUGCUUGAAUGUGCAGAAAAUAUGCCAUUUUAAUUGGUCCAUACACAAAGUGGCUCACAAUAAUAUACACUUGAAAUCAUACUGUAUAAAGCUUUCACCCCCUUUCUUCUAGAUUUGUUGGCAGAUGAAACAAGAAAGAAACUAUAAUAUACUAUCAAAGUUGUUUUUAAGGGUCAAGAAUAGUUCGUUUUAUCUGCUUAGUUUUAUAAAUAUACAACUACAAUUCAAUUUUUGAUUUUUUGGUAGUAUAAAAUCACUUAUUCUAUCCAGAAAUCUAUGUAUAAGCUAAUAAACUCUUAGAUCUUUAUUUAAAAACAACUCAUUUUGCAGAAAGUGUUUUUUUGUAUCUGUGUGAUUGUACUGGAUAUACACAAAAUGUAUAUUGUAGACCAGUGAUUCUCAACAACUGGACAGUGUUGAGUAUCGGGCCACAAAAAUCA